UUCGCUAGAAUGCUGUCGAGGAUGGAAAAUUUAAGUUAUGCGGAAAGAGCUGUAUUUGAAUGACUCCGUACCGUACCUCGACCAGCCCCCCACACCACUGGAAUUCCAACGAAACUGGUUGUGUCCCAACAAGCCCUUCAUCCUGAGAAAUGCUAUCAAUCACUGGCCAGCUGUCUCCAAAUGGACAGUCCCCUACCUGAGAGAGGUGGUUGGGAAGCACAGGGUGAGCGUGGCGGUGACCCCCAACGGUUACGCUGAUGCCGUGUAUGAGGGUCGGUUCGUGAUGCCUGAGGAACGGCAAAUGCCAUUUGAUGACUUCCUGGACAUCAUCGAGAGGAAGCGGGCUGCGAGCGGUGUGUUUUACGUGCAGAAGCAGUGCUCAAACCUGAUCGAGGAAUUCCCUCAGCUCCUGCAGGACAUAGAACCCCACAUCACGUGGAUGAGUGAGGCACUAGGGAAGAUGCCUGAUGCUGUAAAUUUCUGGCUGGGGGAGUCGACUGCAGUGACUUCCUUGCAUAAAGAUCACUAUGAGAACCUGUACUGCGUGGUUUCUGGAAAGAAGCACUUUAUCCUCCUCCCUCCCACUGACAGGCCCUUUAUCCCGUAUGAAUUCUUCCAGCCUGCAACAUAUAAGGUGAAUGAAGAUGGUUCUUUUGAUGUGGUAGAUGUACAGAAUGCAGAGAAGCUUCGGCAGAUGGUUCAGAAAUUUUGCCAGGACCAUCUUGCUCCCAAAGCCCAGGAGAUUGACCAGAAGAAUGAGUUCCCAGAGCUGAAGGAGUUCUGGAAGCAGCUUGGUAACCUUGGAGUUCUCGGAAUCACUGCACCUGUGGAGUAUGGCGGGGCUGGAGGUGGAUACCUGGAUCAUGUCCUGGUUAUGGAGGAAAUAAGCCGUGUGUCGGCUGCCAUCGGCCUCAGUUACGGAGCACAUUCCAACCUGUGUAUCAAUCAGCUGGUGAGGAACGGGAACGAAGAGCAGAAGCAGAAAUACUUACCCAAGUUAAUCAGUGGUGAGCAUAUAGGGGCUCUUGCAAUGAGUGAGCCAAAUGCAGGGUCGGAUGUCGUCUCAAUGAAAUUGAAGGCAGACAAGAAAGGUGAUUACUAUGUUCUCAAUGGCAACAAGUUCUGGAUUACCAAUGGGCCUGAUGCUGAUGUCCUCAUUGUUUAUGGCAAAACGGACAUUAAUGCCAAGCCGGCUUCCCGUGGUAUCACCGCGUUCAUUGUGGAGAAGGGCAUGCCUGGAUUCAGUACGGCUCAGAAGCUGGAUAAACUGGGAAUGAGAGGCUCCAACACGUGUGAGCUAGUCUUUGAAGACUGCGAAGUGCCAGCCAAAAAUAUCUUGGGAGAAUUGAACAAAGGAGUCUAUGUUUUGAUGAGUGGUCUCGACUUGGAGCGACUUGUGCUGUCUGCUGGCCCUCUUGGCAUCAUGCAGGCCGUGCUGGACCAUGCUCUCCCUUACUUGCAUGUCCGAGAGGCGUUUGGUCAGAAGAUUGGAGAGUUUCAGCUUUUACAAGGCAAGAUGGCUGACAUGUAUACCAACCUGAGUGCCUGCAGGCAGUACGUAUACAACGUGGCAAGAGCUUGUGACAUGGGACACAUGAGUGCAAAGGAUUGUGCUGGUGUGAUUCUCUAUGCAGCAGAGGCAGCGACUAAAGUUGCCCUGGACGGCAUUCAGUGUCUAGGCGGCAAUGGAUACAUCAAUGACUACCCUAUGGGUCGCUUUCUACGUGAUGCCAAGCUGUAUGAAAUAGGAGCUGGAACCAGUGAAGUCAGGAGACUCAUCAUUGGGAGAGCAUUUAACGCCAUUUACAAAUAACCUAAUUUCCCAACCACUCCCUAAAGACAAGGCCUCGUAUGUGUCUCUUCAUUCUACACAUCGCACAACUUAGUGCAUUGCAGCAAUAUUUCAUUAAUUUUUUAAGAUGUGUGUACCCAUUGUAUUUUGAAGUGCCUUGGACUCUAUCAGGACAUCAACGUUCAUAGAAAUAUCGGUUGCAAGGCUAGAAUUGUGGUAAAAUCAUGAAUAUUGAUUUCAAUCGAAUAUUCGUGUUCAAUGGAACAGGAAGGAGAGCAUUCUGCAGUUAGCAGAGCAACAGGAUGCUCUAUGCAAUACAAAAAUUGGUUCUGCAUCAUCACUCUGGUCUGUUGGUUAAUGCGCUGUGUGAUGUUUUAUUAAUUUGCAGACGAGAAAUGAAAUGCAAAUGUCACAGGAUUAUCCCUCUGCACCACCUCAUACUUAUGUGACAGGAUUAUUCAGUGUUGCUGGUGCAGUUGCAUAUAAUCUAUACAUACCACCUUUCCUUCAGGAUCUCAUUGUACUUUUCAAGUGUUCAGCUGUCAUUGUUGCAAAAACUAGAAUGCGAGAGUCAGCAGAUGGUUGACUUUCCUUCCAGAGCAGCGACAAAGUUGCAAGCUGUCCAAAGCGGGUCCCCCUUUGUUCAAAAUAAUAAAUGCAACCCCAUCUCCCCUGGCGUUGCUCACAAUAGGUCAGAGGGUUUCAGGAGAGUUGUACUGUGUAUCACUCAUUAUAUUAUCCUGCUGUGGUGGAGUUUUGUAUAUAAUUAACCUUCCCCUCAAGACUGGAAGGUCUCUGCAAAAUCUGAGAUCAGUCAGAGUCACAUCAUUAAAAUGGGAAGUGCUUGACUCGAGACCAGAAAACAGCAUUUAAUCUUGCUACUACAUAACAUUUCAGAGUGAGAUAUCCCACUUGUGACAGGCUCUGGAAAGUGGAUGAGCUUUGUCCAAUUUUUACUUUUAAUGCUGGUUUUAUUCAAUCUGGGGGUGUGGGUGUCACAGGCAGGACAGGCAUUUAUUGCCCAUGCUUAGUUGGUCGUGGUAGCUCAUCUUUGAACCGUGAUUUUGAUACAACCGAGUGUCUUAGCAAGACCCUUCAGUUCCCAUUCAACCAUGUUGGUGCAGGUCAGGAGUCAUGUGUAAGAUAGAUUAGGUAAAAACUGCAGGUGUUGUUCCGUUGGACACCUUUUUGGAUUUUGUUUCAGAUUUCUGUGUUUUUUUUUGUGUGGUCUCAAACCGCUAAGUCUGAUUUCUGUCCUGGAGGAACAGGAUGUUUGCGAGAAAACCAGUGACACACAUACCAAGGAGCGAGAGAGAACCUGCUCACUGCUUCAUGUCACGUCUCCACACUAACUAUCAGCCUCACAAUUAGACUCCUAAAUUUGGGAGUCUUAAAAAGUGCUGAGGAACAAGCCCUUGGUGUUCAAUUUGUUUAUUAUUAAGGUGUGUUCACUGCUGUUGCAACUCAGUGUAUUUUGCAGGAAGCCAUUGAGCUAGUGGGAUCUAUGAGUAGAGUAACACAUUGUCAACCCAGCUCCUGUUAUACAGAUGUUGGCUGGAACUGCAGCUGUACUCGAUGGUAAUAGUAAAGCAGGGGUCUGUUUUAUCUUCUGUUUGUUUUUCUAAGGUGAACAACAGCUUGUCUUUUAUAUCACACCUUUUAACAGUAAAAUGUCCAAAGGUGCUCCAAAGGAGCGUAGUGAGCCAGUCAUUUGAUACAGCCUCAGGAGGAAGCAUGACAAGUGGUGACCAAGUACUUUGAUCAAAGAGGUAGGUUUUAAACAGCAACUUUUAAAAGCAGAGAGGGAUGGAUAGCUAAUUCCAAAGGUUAAAGCCUUAAGCAGCUGAAGGCAUGGCAAGUUAAUGGGAACAUGGAACAUAGGCACAGGAAUGCACAAAAUCAUCUUGGAUAAAAUUAAAAUUACAGUGUUUAAUUUUCCAGGUUCUCUUAUUCCCAAAUGAACCUGCCUAUUCCUGAGAGAAAUGUAACAAAACUGGACUUGGAAGAAGAAUAAACUGUGAUAGAUUUGAGCCUCCAAACCCUUUACAUCCUUGUCUUUUUAGAUAUUCAAUGGGUCUUGCCUGCGAGUGGUUAAAUUUCCAUUAAAUUAUAUUUCCUUUCAGUAUAUCUUGCAGCUCUUAUCUUUUGGGAAGCUUAACACGUAGAAACCCACCUGUCACCAGUUCUGGAGUUUCCAGUUGUAACCUGCCAAGAAGCAUGUGAUGCACAAUGUGAAAGCCAUGUAACAGGAGUGUAUAAGUGUGGGCUGAGGGGAAAGAAUAGAGAAGCUAAAAUUCUUCAAUCUGGAGGUGGGGGUGGGUGGGGGAGAGGGAGGUUAAUUUCACUGAAGUAUAAAAUGAUUUGCACUCAGAACAUUGCUUCAGGGUAAGUCAACAAGUUGAAUAGAGGGGAUUGUGCGUAAAGGAGUGACAAGACCAUUUACCAGAGAGAUGAACUGAACCCUCUGCUUGCUCUGGUCAUCUGUAUAAUCAUUGGUGAAAUCUGGCUGCAUGCAACGCUGUGGAAUCUGCUCACUUGUGCACUGUGCCACUUGUACUGUUCCUUGUGACACACACACACACACAAUGAGUAUACACGAUGGGUCUAAAUGCAAGGUUACCUACUCUGGUUUAAAGUCACAUUGCUUGACUACCCUACAUUCCCACCGGUGGUCAUGCCUUUCCGCAAAGAAUUCCUUCAUAACCCGAUUAAAUAAAUCUUGAAUGUCAAAGCAUUUUAUUUCAAUCUCCGAUAUUGUUAUAACAAUUAAUGUGGUGAUUAUAUAAAAUGAUGAAUCACUUUUAUGCCCCCUUGACGUUUCUCUGGAUUUGUCUGCAGCACUCUAGUCCUAACCCUAACCCGAACCCUACUGCAGAUUUGCAACUCUAGUCUGCUGUGAAUGGUUGUAUAUAUAUCAAUCAAAGUUGAAAGAUCAGGUGCUCUUGAGGAUAGAUUGUUUGAAGCAUUCAUCAAUUAACUCUUUUGUCUCAGGUCAUUCACUCUUGAUUCUUGGAUAGGUGGUGCUUGAUUUACUAAUCUGAACUAUGUCUACAGUCAGAUUAAAGAAGCGUUUUACGAGGCAUUCAGCUCUGGGUUGUCUUGACACAGGGAUGGAAUUAUAUCCGAAGAGACUGGAGAGUGAUGAUAAAAAAGUGAUGUCUUCAUGUGGUGAUUGUAUCUGAUGACCUCUUUAUUUGGGUCACAGAGCGCUACAGAUACCUUUUAAUGUUCAGUUCCUUCUCUCUCAAUAAAUACCUACAUUCAGCAGCAAGCGUUAAUGUCACACUUUGAAGAGUAAAAUACCCCAAGACAUUCGCAGGGAGUUAUCAAACACAAUUUAAUAAUGUACCACAUAAAAUGAUGAGGGCAAAUAACCAAAAAUGUGGUCAACAAGGUAAGGUUGUAAGGAAUAUCUUAAUGGAGAAAAAGAGAAGUCGAGAGAUACACAGAGGGGAUUCCAGAAUUGGGGCUUUUCACUCAGUAGUAAGUAACUAAUGCAUACUUAUUGUUUAACUUACUGCUGGAUGUCUGUUUAAAUUGAAUGGACCUAAUCUGUAAUAACUUCAGAUUUGGAUAUAGUCUUGUUGCUUGUAGUUGCAUUCACUCUGAAUGACAACACCAAUGUGAUCUCCUAUCAGGGAAUUACUUUUAAUCAUUGAAUACUCUGUGGGAUAUUUAUGAGUAGACUAUAGAUGUGAUUAUACAGUUGAUUCAAUAAAAGCUAUGUGCAACAUC